UUGUUCAUAAAAAUUUUUACGUAUAAAAGUAGAGUAAUGUCAAGGAAAUCAUAGUCAGUAUUGUCUUGUGGUUUGAAAGAUUAAGUUGAAGACUGACGGUGUUAUAUAAGUGGAUGAAAUUAAAUUAAAAACGAAUUUAAAAAAAAAAAGUGUUUUCUUAAACGAUUCUCUUUCACAUACAAUACAUAUACAUACAUAUACAAAUCCUCGAAAUGCGGCUUUUCUUAGCUUUGUGUAUAGGCUUCUUGGGUUGUGGUGCUUUGCCUCAAUAUGGCUAUGAGCAACCCAGCGGCUUUAAAACCAAUACUGUACCAGUUAAAGCUUUACCGAUUAAUAAUUUAGAAAGCCGUAAUUCAUUGGCAAUUGACCGACAGCCAUUAACGGGAUCGAUAUCUAACUUUGGAUUACAAGCACCUAUCGAAUUAUCAAACGCCUACAGAGGUGGUGAUAAAUAUUUACCACCAGCCAGUACAACAUUAGCUCCUAUUAUACAUAAGCAAUUUUAUUUAAUUUCGGCGCCAGAAGAUCCAGAUCCCCAAGGAGGAAAGAGACAUUUGAUUUUGGGACGACCUCAAAAGAACUAUCGUGUAGUAUUUAUUAAAGCUCCCAGUUCCGGAACUGAAAAUAUUAAAUAUUCCGCUGAAUUCGCUCCACAAGAAGAAAAGACGGUUAUCUAUGUGCUAAGCAAAAAGGAAAAUGAACUGUCAGCGAACGAUAUUAGCACUCCAGCACCAAUACCAGCUAGCAAGCCCGAAGUAUUCUUUAUUAAGUAUAAGACCGAGCAAGAAGCUCAACAAGCACAAAAAGAAAUUCAAGACGAAUAUGACAGACUAGGUGGUACUAGUGAAGUUUCAGAAGAGGGUACCGCCCCCAUUACUUCAGUUAUUGGUAACUUGGAUAGUCUCAAUUCGGAUGGCAGCUACAAUUAUCACCAACUUAAUAACGCCGUAACUGACCCAUUACAAACACCUCCUCGCGGGCAAUAUCUACCAGCACCUGCACCAGCACCAGCACUAACAUCGGCAUCAGCAUCAGCAAAGCAUUAAAAUGAAAAGAUAACAUGCCUUUGUAUUAAUUUAUGUUAGUUCGAUUGUCUUUCUCGCUUAUAUAUAAUUAAAUGUACUCUAUAAGAAUCGUUUUUAAGUUUAUA